AUGACUAAUAAAGAAGAAGAGGAAAAGCAACUUCUACAAGAUGCAUCUACAUUGUUGAUGUUUGCCAACGUAGCUGCAAAACAGCAAACACAACAUCCACCCAUACCACAACAACAACAGCAUAUGGUAUCUCCGCCAACUCAGCAACAGCCAGCUCCACCACCUCGCAGGCCAUCGUUGCCUUCUACUUCACCCCACUUUAUUUCAGCAACUCACCACCUUGAUGUUUCACUAAACAAAGGAACGCCCACAACCACCAACCAAUUUCAACAGCCUCAGUAUCCAUAUAUCGUCCCAUAUGGGGCUCCAAUUAGUGCACUUCCGACUCAAGCAGCGACUCAGCCUACUGUUCAAAUUCCAGAACAUAUCAAAAUUCAUCCUCAGCCAAUGCCAACUCAACAUACUCAUAGACCUACACCUGCGUCACUACCAUCUAAUCAAGUAUCCCAAACAAAUAUCAACCAACAGAUACGACAAAGUUCAAUAAGUAGUUUAAUGAAUCCUACUCAGUCUCAAAGCUUACCUCAGGAAAUUAAACCACAACCCAAACCCUUUGUAUCAAAACAACUAACUCCACCAGGAAACUUAUCGACUCCAAUCAAAUCUGAAUCCCCUGCAUCAAACUUACCUAAACAAGGGAAUUUUACACCUACUCAUGAAAGGUCACGAUCAACUCCUGACGUUCACUCGAACAAGCACAGAAAUAUUCGCGCAUCGCCGAAUCCAUCGCAGUUUAUUAGAGGAAUAGAUUUAGAGACCGGGGAAAGAGAUAGUAAUAAUGCACGUAUUGCUGCAGCGGCGUUAACAGCAGCUGCUGAUAUACCCCUUCCUUUGAAGCAUGUUGAGCACAAACAACAAGCACCACCACCACAACAACAACAGCAGCAAACAACAGCACAGCCUCUUUUGGUGACCGAAAAGACCACUGUUGUUAAAUUUGAUCUUGGCAAGCCCAAAAAGGAAAAGGAUGAAGAUCAAUUAACUGAGCCUGAGAAUGAUGAUAGAACAGACGACGAGAAAACCGAAGAUGAAGCAGUAAAGAAACCGAAAGAAACGAAACCUCCACGCCGUCGUACGCCACCUUUACCAAAACAGAGGCAGCAACAACAGCAACCGAAAUUCAUUGCUCCACCAUUAUCUUCAUAUCAAGUAGAUCCUGAUUCUGGUUUAAUUGGAUGUAUUUGUGGAAUUGACGAUGAUGACGGAUUUACGAUUCAGUGUGAUGUAUGUUAUAGAUGGCAACAUUGUUUAUGUAUGGGAUUCCAAUCUAAUGAAGAAGUUCCAGAAGAUGAAUAUAAAUGUUAUUACUGUGAUGCUUCCAAAUGGGGCAAAUUUGAUCCUGAUGAAUGUCGUCGUGAUACAAUGUCAAGAUUGGAGGGUGAACGUCCUGUUGGUGGACCCGAUGCUGUUGCUCAGCAGAAGGCUAUAAUCGCGGCGCGUGAAAUGCAGAAGGCGCAGCAAGAUCAACAACAACAAAUAGAACAACAAGCACCGGUGAUUCCACCAAAUAAGAGAAAGCAACUGAAUUCUGACAAGGCCGAUAUUAAAAAGAGAAAAGUGGAGGAGAAGAAAGAAUCCGGAUCAAAUUCUCCUGCGGCAGAACUUAUUCCUCAAGAACUUCAACAUCACUAUAAGGAUGAAGCAAUUCCUAAUAAGGACAACGAACUAUUGGAAGAUGGAGUGACAGCAGAAGCAUAUCAAUCUGUCUACUAUAAAUUAACGCUGAAUGACUAUAAACGACAAGCUGUUAGACAAUUUGUGAGUAAUGCUGGUGAAGAAUUUUAUCAAUCAUUUCAAAAGCUACCUAAACCCGAUCAACAAAAGCGUCUGUUUAAGGAUGUUGAAAUCAUGACAUUGAAUCAGUUUAAAUCCACAAAAAUGAGUAAAAUUCAUUUACCUAAUCAUCAAAAGUAUUUGCAAGAACAACAUAAGUUACUGAGGAGGAAGAAUCAUAAUAAAACUAUUAUUCAAGUUAGACCAUAUUCUGAAAACCAAAAACAAAAGUUUAAUGGAAUUUCAAGAUUAUCUUUAUUCAUAAGUAGUCUCAACAGUGAUUCGUUAACAAUUCCUGAAAAUACCCCUGUGAUUGAAUAUUUGGGGGAGAUUGAUAUGUUUAGUAGUUAUUGUUGUGAUAGAGUCAAUCAAUAUCCUUUGUGGGGUACAACGAAACCCAAAGUGUUAAAGACAUCAAUACCGAAUGGCGAUGACAAAGUUGACGUAGUUCUUGAUUCUCGAUUUGUUGGUAAUGAAAGUAGAUUCAUUCGCAAGGCAUGUCCUAUUGCGGCAAAUUGUCGUAUUCAACCAAUAUAUAUUCCAGAAAAGAACAUGUUUCGAUUCAUUGUUGUGACCUCAAAACCAAUUACGUUGAAGGCUGAAUCUCAUGAUGAAGAAUUGAGAUUACCUUGGGAAUGGGACCCAUUGCAUCCAAUCUUGAAACUUUAUGAGAAUAAAUCAACUGAAAAGUUUGAGAAUUUAACCAAUUUGGAAAAAUCAGCAUUGAUAACAUAUGUCGAUAACAUUCUUCAUUUUGCGGAAUGUGGUUGUUCAACAAGUUCAUAUUCAACCUGUGCUAUCUUUAAGAUCAAAAAGGCAACAUCAUAUUUAUUAAGGUCAACAAGAAAGGCUAGUUCAAUAAGUAAUGUCAACUUGACUAAAUCCAAAGAAGAUUUGAUAAUGCCUAGACCUAAUAAGGAAUAUAUUUCAUGGGAUGAACGAAUGAUUAAACGUGAUGAGGAACUACAAGAAAAAUUAUUGGGUUCAACUGAGAUCAUGACGGAAGUAUUGGAGAAUGGAAAGGAUGAGGAAGAUAUUCAUAAUGACAAACCAGCAAUUUUGUUUAAGAUGCCUUUCAAGAAACAAUUGAUAAGUCGUGUGUAUGUUGAAUCUUUCCCACAGCAACAAGUUGAUACUCGUGAAAUUGAAGUUCGCAAAGAAGAAUUAACUGAAAUUUCUAAUGAGGUCCCAAUUCCUGUGGUUCCGGAAUUGGUCAUUAGUAUAGAUAGAACAAUUGAUGAAAAGUUGAAACCUAAAGUCAAAGAAGUGGAAGCUAAAGUUGAACAAGUGUUAAUCAAGUCUGAUUUGAAAUUGGAUAAAGAAAAUGAAUUUAGUGGAGAUGGAAACAUUCCCAAAAUUAUUGAAGCUGUGGUUUCUCCAACUGUUGCCAGUAUUGUGGAAAAGAAAGAUGAUGAUGCAAGUGCAAAGGCAGCGACUGCGGCUACUUCUCCCAAGGUCGUCAAAAAAUUGUCAUUUGCAGAUUAUAAGAAGAAAAUGAUGUAG